AUGCCAGCCAACCUCACCGUUUCAAACAAUACCGUGCUAGUUCUGGGUGCCGAUAUUAACACCGCACAAACCCGGGACACCGACUUUAACUUCCCUGCUCUGAUAUUCGGAAUAUUGCUAAUUGUGGUCAUCAUUUGUGGAAAUUUGCUUGUGUGCCUUAGUGUGUACAGGGAAAAAGCUUUGAAAACUACAACCAACUACUUCAUAGUCAGUCUGGCUGUGGCUGAUUUGAUGUUGGCAGUUUUGGUUUUGCCACUGUUUAUAUAUGUUGAGUUCCAGGGUGGUCUGUGGUCACUGAACAUGCAUGUCUGCGACGGCCUGAUGACCAUGGACGUGAUGCUGUGUACGGCCUCCAUAUUCAACCUCUGCGCCAUCAGCAUCGACAGGUUCAUCGCUGUCUCCAUUCCACUCAACUACAACCUUAAGCAUGUUGAUCAGAGACAGAUCUUCCUGCUCUCCGCCACGUGGAUCCUGGCCUUGGCAGUGGCCUCACCCGUCAUGUUUGGCAUCCAAAACGUCCCCCAGCGGGACUCUACAGAGUGUAAACUGGAGGACGACAACUUCGUGGUCUACUCCUCUGUCUGCUCUUUCUUCAUCCCCUGUCCCAUCAUGCUCCUCCUCUACUGCGGCAUGUUCCGGGGAUUGAGGAGGUGGGAGGAGGCGCGCAAGGCCAAGCUGAGGAGCAGCAUCCUGGUCUGUAGGAAGUUCCAGGACGCAACUGCCUCCCUGUCCCCGCUGGACUCCCUGCCUCCUCCUCUACCCCCCAUUAUCAAGAGGGAGGAGCUCACAGACAUGAAGCCAGAGCUAAAGGAUAUUAAUCUGGAAGAGCUGGACCCUUACCCCCUAGAGUCUCCAGACGGCCCCUAUAACAACUCUUUAACAACUCCAGAGUACAAGGAAGGCCCUGUGCCCACCGUGGUGGCCUACUCUAACAUUAGCUACAACCUCCACCCCCAAACCGACCCUCACCAGAAGAAGAGGGCCAAGAUUAAUUGCCGAGAGAGGAAGGCCAUGAAGGUGCUUCCUGUCGUUGUGGGUGCCUUCCUGUUCUGCUGGACCCCGUUCUUCGUGGUCCACACCAUGCGGGCCCUGUGUGCCACCUGUUACAUCCCCCCAUGGCUGAUGAGCAUCGUCACCUGGCUGGGCUACGUCAACAGCGCCCUCAACCCCAUCAUCUACACAGUUUUCAACACAGAGUUCAGGAACUACUUCAAUAAAUUCCUCCACAGCUGCUGUAUAUACCGAUAG